AUGGGCAAACACAACAGCAAGUUGAAGCCCGAGGUGCUUGAGGAUCUCCGACAGAACACGGAGUUUACAGAUGCAGAAAUUCAGGAAUGGUAUAAAGGAUUCCUGAAGGAUUGCCCCUCUGGUCACUUGUCGAUCGAAGAGUUUAAAAAGAUCUAUGGCAACUUUUUCCCUUACGGAGAUGCGUCCAAGUUUGCGGAACACGUCUUUCGGACGUUCGAUGCAAACGGCGAUGGCUCGAUUGACUUCCGAGAGUUUCUAUGCGCUCUCUCGGUAACAUCAAGGGGCAAGCUCGAGCAGAAGCUUAGAUGGGCCUUUUCCAUGUACGAUUUGGACGGCAAUGGUUACAUCUCGCAUCAAGAAAUGCUUGAAAUCGUCACCGCUAUUUACAAAAUGGUGGGCUCCGUGAUGAAGAUGCCGGAAGACGAGUCCACCCCAGAGAAACGAACCGACAAAAUUUUCCGGCAAAUGGACAAAAACCAAGACGGCAGACUAUCUCUCGAGGAGUUCAUAGAGGGGGCAAAGAGCGACCCCUCCAUAGUGAGGCUGCUACAGUACGACCCAGGCUCGCACUGA